AACCCAAGUUCUUAAUACGAGCUUUAUAGCUUUUCUUGAAAACUUAAAGUUCAUAGCUUUUCAUUCAGUUGUUUCUUACAUAAUCUUCGACAGUGUAAUUGAGUUUUUCAAAACAAGAAUGGGAUGCUUUUGUCGGAUUCCUACAAAGCUGGGAUAUUAGAUAACCGAGAGACAUUGGGAUUUGGAAGGGAGAGUUGUAUUUAUCACGGAUACCACAACCGCCGUUAAAAAACUUCAGCAAAACGACAAUCCUAGAAAAAAAAGAGAGAAAAUCCCAGUUAGCUUUGCACCGUAACAUCAAACAACAACAUCUAAGCCAGCCCUCCAAGUCUUAAAAGGAAUCACAGUAAUUGAAACAUAUUUUCUUGUUUUGGUGUCACCGGAAAAUGGCGGCAACGAGGAAAGCGUUACAGUCUUUGUUAAGCAUAGUGAGCAGAUCAAGUAGAAGGGGCUAUGGUUCUGUGGCUGAAGGCAGCUCUUCUUCGUCCUCCUCUUCUAACCACCUCAUCGACCUUGAAUAUGAAUAUAGUGCCCACAAUUACCACCCAGUUCCUGUUGUAUUCUCUCAAGCAAAGGGUUCAACAAUAUGGGAUCCAGAAGGCAAGAAAUAUCUCGAUUUUCUGUCAGCUUACUCAGCAGUUAAUCAGGGACAUUGUCAUCCAAAGAUCAUGAAAGCAUUCCAAGAACAGGCUGAAAGACUCACUCUCAGCUCCAGAGCCUUCUACAAUGAUAGAUUUCCAGUUUUCACAGAGCAUCUGACAAGUAUGUUUGGCUAUGAGAUGGUGCUUCCCAUGAACACUGGUGCUGAAGGAGUGGAAACUGCUCUGAAGUUGGCAAGGAAAUGGGGUUAUGAGAAGAAAAAAAUUCCCAAAGAUGAGGCUAUUAUCGUCUCUUGUUGUGGCUGCUUCCACGGUCGUACAUUGGCUGUCAUCUCUAUGAGCUGUGACAAUGAGGCGACUCGAGGAUUUGGGCCACUGUUGCCUGGUCACGUUAAAGUUGAUUUUGGUGAUGAUGUUGCUCUUGAGAAGAUCUUUAAAGAACAUGGAGACAGAAUUGCAGGAUUUCUCUUUGAACCUAUUCAAGGAGAGGCUGGUGUUAUAAUACCUCCAGAAGGAUAUCUAAAAGCUGUCAGAGAUCUUUGCUCGAAAUAUAACAUUCUAAUGAUUGCUGAUGAGAUACAAAGUGGCCUGGCACGCACUGGAAAAAUGCUGGCAUGUGAUUGGGAAAAAGUUCGUCCAGAUGUUGUGAUACUAGGAAAAGCUUUGGGUGGUGGGGUAAUACCUGUAAGUGCAGUGCUUGCUGACAAAGAUGUAAUGCUUUGCAUUCGACCUGGAGAACAUGGAAGCACCUUUGGUGGAAAUCCUUUGGCCAGUGCAGUGGCCAUUGCCUCGCUAGAUGUAAUCCAGGAGGAGAAACUUGCCGAGAGAUCUGCCCAUUUAGGACAAGAACUUUUGCGUCAGCUGCUUAGGGUUCAGGAGCGAUUUCCAAACUACAUCAAGGAAGUUCGGGGAAGGGGUUUAUUCACUGCUGUAGAGUUCAAUAGCAGGACAUUGUUCCCUGUUUCGGCAUAUGAUAUCUGUCUAAAGAUGAAAGAAAGAGGAGUUCUUGCCAAACCCACACAUGACACAAUUGUACGGUUGACUCCUCCACUUUGCAUUAGUCUGGAUGAGCUCCAAGAAGGAUCAAAGGCUCUGGGAGAUGUUCUGGAACUUGAUCUAGCAAAUAUGCAGAAGGCCAAGCCAAAAGAUUCUCCAACUACAGCUACAAUUUGUGAUCGUUGUGGGCGAAACUUGUACGACUAUUCAGAUAAAGAUCUUUAAAUUAUUUUUUAAAUUUAGUUUUAAAUAUGCUACAGCAUUGGAUAUGGAUUCUCCAUUGUCUUCACCAUCUAUUAUGCUCUUUUCAUUUUAAUAAAUUAAAGACAUUGGGAUCUCUCA